AAACCCCAGCAAAACCUAAAAAGUCCUUUCGGAAGAUCCUGUGAAAAUCUCCGAAAGAGAAAAAACAUUAACAUGCUCCAUCAAUGGUGAUGUAUAGAUCGCUAAGAACCCUAACUACUAAAAAUCAUAAUAGAGAUAGGAGUUUCUUCACAGCUGCAGCAACCUCUAUAAUCCCGUUUCCCUACACUACUUCCACUUUCCCUCUCCAUCCUUUGCAUUUCUCUCCUUCUCCUCAUCCCCCUCCUCGCUUUUUCUCUCCUCUCUCCAAAUGGAUCGCUCCCUUUCAAGGUCAACGGAGAGGACCUCUCUUCCUCUCCUCGCCUCCUUGGAAGCUCUUGCAAUCUGCCACUCCGCUUUAUCUCCGUGGAAAUGCCGUCGUUUUGAGGAAAGUUGAAGUUCUGAACUUGAAUUUGCUUAGGACUCGGAUCAGAUCGGGUUUCUCCGGUCAAAAUGUGUUGGAUCGAGUCCAACAGUUGAAGGAGGGUGCUGCUGAAGAUGGGCUUUUUGAGAGUUUUGUGAAUCUGCCUAAUUUUAUCUCUUUGACUCGUUUGGUCUCUGGGCCUCUGAUUGGAUGGAUGAUCACAAAUGAAAUGUAUUCUUCUGCAUUCGUGGGAUUGGUUCUCUCCGGGGCAACUGAUUGGCUAGAUGGUUACGUUGCCAGGAAGAUGAAAAUCAACUCUGUAGUAGGUUCCUACCUUGAUCCUCUUGCUGACAAGGUUCUUAUUGGAUCUGUUGCCUUGGCAAUGGUGCAUAUGGAGCUUCUGCACCCUGGACUUGUUGGCAUGGUUGUGCUGCGGGAUGUUGCACUUGUUGGUGGUGCAGUAUAUCAUAGAGCUGCUAGUUUGGGUUGGAAGUGGAAUAGUUGGUACAAUUUCUUCAAUCUUGAUGGAACCCAGCGUGAGAAGAUUGAGCCUCUUUUCAUAAGCAAGGUCAAUACAGUUUUCCAAUUGAUUUUAGUAGCAGCAGCCCUCCUUCAGCCAGAGUUUGGAACUGAGGAAACUCAAUCAUGCAUAGCACACCUGAGCUGGUUAGUGGCCGCGACAACAAUGGCAUCUACAGCUGGAUAUGGAGUACAAUACAUAAGGAAUAAAUCAGCAUUGCAUGCAAGGAAAUCAUAGAUUCAGUUUUGCUGCCCAAAUAUCGAACUGGGGGAGUGACUUUGAGUGAUGAGUCCAGCGUUUGAAGAUUUUUGAGGAAGACAGGUAGGUAUCUGGGGAUGCAAGUUAGACGAAAAGAUUUUUGAGGAAGAUACUUGGGUUCUCUUUCGUGGUUCCAUAGUUGUUGAUUAGCUUUAGCCUUUAACCAUGAGACUGGAUGCUGUGUGGAUGGGGGACAGUCUGACAGCUUAGGCAACCGUAACAGGUUGAUGAUAUACUGUAGAUUUAAGUUGCCCAAACUUGUAAAGCAGGUCUUUUCAGCGAAAAAAAUUUCAGGCUUUUUCUGAAGUCAAACGUGUGUGAUAGUGAAUAAAAAAAUUUGUCUUCCUUCCA